UCAAGGUCAUUGGGAGCACCUGGGGGAAAGGUUAGGAUACGCUUGUCCUGCCACGCCGCCCUCAGUACGUUACAGUUUGACUGGACAUUUGACGGUCAGGUGAUCACAUCUGCAGUGCAACAUGCACCUCAGACCUCAGGCGUCACAUUCAGCUAAACACAAGAAGAUGGAAAGCAACAAAACCCAGGUGCUUGAGAGGGUGCAGGCCCUGGAAACCUGGCUGAAAAUGACCAAAACAAAGAUUACGCAAGUUAACGGCCAACGAAGCUCCCUAGGACCUCUGUGGGACUUUCGACUUAUGAUUAACUUCAGAUGGCCUAACCGGGGAUUCGCCAACGCCAAAUACAGCUCAACAAAUGUGGCUAAAAAGGUGGUAGGCCUACUUCACGGCGACGUGCUUGCGCCAGGUUUGCGUCUAAUCGUGUGGCGUAGCACUGAGAGGAGGUGCCUCUGCAUGACGUUUUUACCAACUUGUGCUCAGGAAGAUGAGCUUCUUCAGGUGCUCUAUGGAUCGACAGAUGGGCUGGAGGAGCUUUCACUGACGUCCGAAAAUGGAAUGAAGGACAUAUCAGCUAUAGUUCUCUUCUCCUCUCACUAUGCAGCUUCCAUGGCAAAAAGAGAACUGGUGCAAGCAUUUUGGAAGCAGUUUGGUUUAAGCAUCUGCGUCCAUUGGCAGUCCCCAAAGAAAGCACGCCCAGACGACCGUCUUCCUCAAAAGCCUCAAAGUGGCCUGACCUCAACUCCAAAUCUCGGGAUGAUCCCCUCAAAGGUUUCAAUCGACUUGCCUCCUUAUCAGCAAUCCCCUCUGGAUUUCUGCCGAGCUGUAGGGGCACCGGCUAAACCCAAACCGACGUCCAGUCAAACUCCCUCAGCCCUGCUUCAAAAUUGUUGUGCCCUAGUUGGAGUUGGUCCGCCGGCAUAUGAUUUCUCCUGCGGCCCUGCCGGGCCUGAUGGCUCUCUUCGGGUAACCUACAUGGUGAGAAUCUCGGGUAUAGGGGUCUUCCAAGGGUUGGUGAGGGUCUUGCCGAAACUCACUGCCACGAGCACUUUGGCUGGCGCUCGAGAGGCGGCGGCGCAAGAGAUCCUGCAGUGGAUUGAGGUCAAGAAAAUCAUCCGCUUAGGAAGAAGAUAAAAGCUCACACAUUGACUCCGUGUUGCCGGGUUUGAUUUUUUUUUUUACCCCAAUUUUUCUAAAGGAGGUGUUUUGUCUUGAUUGUGGUUUUCUCAUCUAGGCAUGUUUUUAUUAAGAGUUGUAGUGGAGUGAUGUGACUUGUUUGAAGUGUUUUUUAUUCACGGGUGCGUUUAAUUGUUGGAUGUGUUGUUCUUCCUAAAAAAAAAAAUUUUUUUUUUUAAAUAAAAAAAAAAAAAAAAACUAAAAGAAAACCAAUUGUUGUCUUUUUCCAUAUAAUAUCAUCUUGCAAAUUAUUGUCUGAAUUAAUAUAAAAUGUACUGAAGUCCCUAAGCAGUACACCCGUCACUACUUUAUAAACACCUCUUGGAGGACAUAGAAGCUUCUCCAA